CUGGAUCCCCAGUUCCAGGUGCUGAAUUCCAUCCUUUCUUCCUAGCUCUGUUCUAGGUGGCAAGAACCAUGCACUUCUCCAGCUCAGCCAGGGCAGCAGAUGAGAACUUUGACUAUUUGUUCAAGAUUAUCCUCAUUGGGGAUUCCAAUGUGGGGAAGACGUGUGUGGUACAGCAUUUCAAGUCUGGAGUCUACACUGAGACACAGCAGAACACGAUCGGAGUGGACUUUACCGUGCGCUCCCUUGAUAUUGACGGCAAAAAAGUGAAGAUGCAGGUGUGGGACACAGCCGGCCAGGAGCGCUUCCGCACCAUCACCCAAAGCUACUACCGCAGUGCCCACGCGGCCAUCAUCGCCUAUGACCUCACCCGGCGGUCUACGUUCGAGUCCAUCCCUCACUGGAUUCAUGAGAUAGAGAAAUAUGGAGCUGCAAAUUUGGUCAUUAUGCUGAUUGGAAAUAAAUGUGACCUCUGGGAAAAGCGGCACGUCCUGUUCGAGGAUGCCUGCACGCUGGCUGAGAAGUACGGCCUCCUGGCCGUUUUGGAGACAUCUGCCAAGGAGUCCAAGAACAUAGACGAAGUCUUCGUGCUUAUGGCCAAGGAGCUGAUCGCCCGCAACAGCCUGCACCUAUAUGGGGAGAGUGCCCUGAACGGCCUCCCCCAGGACUCCAGCCCCGUUCUUAUGGCCCAGGGUCCAAGUGAAAAGACCCACUGCACUUGCUAAGAUGUUUGCAAAGCCAGUCGCACCCACCAAAGAGGCCGCCUCUGAAACCAAAGGUAGCCAGGACACCAUAGUGUUGCCCCAGUGGCGCUUUAGACUCCAG